AUGGUUCCCAUGGUGGGGAACAGGGUCUGUAACCAGCGCUACCAGAACUCUUCCACCAACACUGGCCAGAUCAUCAGGGAUGACAUGCUGUGCGCUGGGAGUGAGGGCCAGGACUCCUGCCAGGGAAUCGGGACUCAGAAGCUCCAUGCAGUGGCCCGUGUGGAGAUGAUCACUGAGUCCUGCCUCUCCCCACAGGGUGACUCCGGGGGCCCUGGUGUGCAGCUGGGAAGGCACCUGGGUCCAGGCCCCACCCCAAAGAAGGGAGGCUUCCCCUUGGGCCAGUCUGGCAGGAGGAUAAAGGGGCUCAGAGGGUCCAGGACAGAGGCAGACAGACCUGGCAUGAUGCUGUGGCUGCUGGUCCUGACUCUCCCCUGUCUGGGGGGCUCCGUACCUGUGACCUCAGAUCCUGGCCCAGGGACUGAGCUGGUGGGCAUCGUGGGGGGGCAUGAUGCUUCCAAUGGGGCGUGGCCAUGGCAGGUGGGCCUGUGGGUCUUCUAUGCAAGAAAUUCCAGGUGGAGUCUCGAUUGUGGGGGCUCCCUCAUCCAUCCCCAGUGGGUGCUGACCGCUGCCCAUUGCAUUCCAGGGAGAUACCCAGUGACUCGGCACUUUAAGGUCCAACUAGGACGACUGAGACCCUCAUACAAUGACAGUGUGCAGGUGGCCAGGAUCAUCCGCCACCCCAAGUACAGCCUUAAAGAGGGAGUAUUCGGUGGAGCGGACGUGGCACUUCUCAAACUGGAGGCGCCCGUGCAACCAUCUAACCUCGUUCGGUUGAUCAGCCCCCCGCCAGGCUCCUCCGCAUUCCCCCCAGGCACACGGUGCUGGGUGACUGGCUGGGGUAACAUUGCUUUUCAAGAGCCGCUGCCACCGCCUGAAACUCUGCAGGAAGUGGAGGUCCCCAUCGUGGCGGAUGAGAUCUGUCGGCAGCAAUACCUCAGGUUCGGAAAGGUUAUCCAGGACGACAUGCUGUGUGCCGGGAGCCGGGGCCGGGGCACCUGCCAGGGUGACUCUGGGGGCCCCUUGGUCUGUAAAUGGAGGGGCAUCUGGGUCCAGGUAGGCGUGGUGAGUUGGGGGUACAAGUGCGGUCUUGCCAACUUUCCGACAGUCUAUGCCCGAGUGACAUCCUUCUUGCCUUGGAUCCGCGGUCAUAUUCAUUCCUCUCCUUGAGCCUGGGCCCGGGCAAGGAUGCUGCCCAUGAGAUGAAGACAGGCCCACAGGGUGUCUGGGGGACCCUCCCUGCUCCCUCCAGUGCCAGCUCUUCAUUGCACCUAGCGCCUCCUCCACCCCUCCCCCCACCCCACCUGCUCUGAGAUCCUCCUGCCUCAGCACCUCCAUCAGCCUCUCUCCCCUGACAGGCAAAAGGGAGAGGCGGGAUGUGCUCUGAAGUCC